UGUGUGUGUACUAGGGCGGGCCUUUUGUGUGUCGCUGCUACAGGGAUACCAAGAUGGAAAUUCAGGGGCUAUCUGAUGCCCAAAACAUCCACUCUCAACAUGGCGCCCUACAUGGACCCACUUCGUCCCCUCUGCGCUCGGCGGCAGGACCGAGAGCUCAGCCGGAUCAGAGUGAACCACACAGAGACAACAACAACAACACCAGGCCGAGGACGUCUGCGUUUCGCCUGCUGGCGGAAAAUGGCAGCGGGACGGGGUUUGAGCCUGCUAGCAAACCGCAGCCGGCGAACAGGGCGCACGUACCGGGUCCCAAACAAAGUACCGGACUUCAUAACGUGAACACGGAGAAAGAAAACGAGCUCAACGCCCUACUCGGCUCCCACGAGUCCGUCCGAAGUGCCUGGAGACUCGGUGUGGAGAGUGUGGACUGCGGAAUGCAAAUGGCGCUGCCUCUGUUUGAAGGGGAAGAGGAACCGGAGCAGCAGCGGCAGCUAGCGUUACCAUUUCCAGGUUUACGGCAGCAGCAGCAGCAGCAGCAGCAGCGUGAGGACGGCGCCUUCAAGCAGCCUCCACUGGGCAGCCGAGUCUCCGCGGCGCCGGGGAGCUUCGGCGGGCCGAGCAGGGCGGACAGAACCACCCCGGAGCUAUAUGUGGUUGUUAACGUGCUUCAAGAGGACGGCGAGCAGGGCAAACCCAGGGCGGAUGUACCAUGUAUGGACGGCGGUAAAGUGAAGGGUAAGAAGCAGGAGUGGUGCAAAGCGCGUCCCUUCAUGGAGGUGGGGAACGGGAGCAACCUUCUUGUCUGUGAGCCCAGCGACAGCCUGAACUGUGUGGACAUACAGGCCGGCAACAAGACGGAGCAUGUUUUCAACGUGCUGAACAGUAACUGUGCCGCUGUGUGCGCCAAACAGACUGCGUUUCACCGCACCGUCGAGGACGUAGUUCUGACAAACAAAUAUGGCGAUAAGCUAUGUGGUCAGAUUUGCACAGAAAACGAUGGAGGUAAACUGGCGCUUUCUCCGCAGUCCCGUGUCGACGAGAGCAGUGCCUUGAUCUCCGGGAGCUCGGGCAUCGCGGAAGCCAUGGACUUUAUUUCGGACUCAUCGGGGCUGCAGGGCGAUGCCGAUCCCGUCACGGCCUCCUCGAGUCCGCCUGCCAGCGAAACCUUUUCCGGAACUAUUAUGAUAAACAACCAAAGCAUCGUAGUGACCAUAGAAAACGGGAUCCUGACUCUGGCGGCCCCACCGGAGGGCCAUGUGCACAAAGAGGAUGACAUGGUGAGCUUGAAGGAGCAUCUGGGCAUGAAAGACCAUGAGGAUAUUGUUCUUCUCAACUAUGAAAGUGGCACUAAAUCCAUCGGGAAGAUCAGCACAUUAGCAGUAUCCAGCAGCAGUCAGCAGGAAGAGCCCCGAGCUGGUCUGUCGGUGAGUGACUCUGAGCUGGCUCUGGCGGAUGACUGCUCACUAUCAGAGCUGGGCACCUCUCUGGACUCCUGUGCCAUCAUCAAGCAAGAGCCAGGGGUCCUGUGUGCAGUGACAGAGGCUGACCUGGUCACCCCAGCCCCCAGAUUAACAGUGGCAGGCUGUGACAGCGAGGACUUCCAGUCUGUGCCACCAGUCCGGUCUAAGAAAGAGACUGUGGCAUCUUUCUGCUGCCCAGAGCCGGGAUGCUCCAGCACACUUGACACACGUCAGAAACUCAAGGUUCACCUCCUGAACCACGCAGAGGAUCCUCGGCCCCACCAGUGCAUUGUAGAGGGCUGCGGCUGGGCGUUUGCUACCUCUUACAAGCUCAAGCGACAUCUCCAGUCCCAUGACAAGCAGCGGCCACAUACCUGCCAGUUUGAAGGCUGUGGGCGGCGUUUCACCACCGUGUACAACCUCAAGGCUCACGUCAAAGUCCACGAGCAUGACAAUUCCUUCAUCUGUGAGAUCUGCAGUGAGAGGUUUCGCAGCGCUGCACGACUCACCAAUCACCAGAGGGUCCACUUUGAGCCGCAGAGGCCGCACAAGUGUGAAUUCCCAGGCUGUGAGAAAACGUUCAUCACCUUCAGUGCCCUCUUCUCCCAUAAUCGCACUCACUUCAGAGAAACAGGCCACUUCACCUGCAGCUACCCAGGCUGCGAUAAGACGUACGACAAGGCCUGUCGCCUCAAGAUCCACAUGAGGAGUCACACGGGUGAGAGGCCGUUUGUCUGCGACUCUGAGGGCUGUGCCUGGUCUUUCACCAGCAUGUCCAAGUUGCUGCGACACAAACGGAAACAUGAUGAUGACCGUCGCUUUGUCUGUACGGAGGAGGGCUGUGGCAAGUCCUUUACCCGGGCGGAGCACCUCAAGGGUCACAGUAUCACACAUCUGGGCACCAAGCCCUUCCACUGCCAUGCAGAAGGCUGUAAUGCAAAGUUCUCAGCACGCAGCAGCCUGUACAUCCACUCCAAGAAGCAUAAGCAAGACAGCAGCACCCUGAGGACCCGCUGUCCUGUGGCCAACUGCUCCAAGCACUUCUCCUCCCGCAGCAGUCUUAAGAGCCACAUGCUCAAACACCACCACCUCAGCCCCGAUGCUGUGGGAACAAUGCUUACACUCUUUCCCCUCUCCUCCAUGCCAGAUGUUUUGAACCAAAUGGAGACCACGCCCACCUUGACCCCCAGUAGCGAGCUCAUCAGCUCCACCUCAACAACAGUUGCUGGGCCUGGUAUUGCCGGGGGCGACCAGUUGACCCACUUGGACCUCAGCUCUCUUUUCUCCGCCGUGCCCGGAGGCACUGCACCCACCACUGGUAUUGGACUGGGAAUUCCUGUCGGCAGUAGCGGCUCGAACGGCACCUUCACAAUGGACCUCUCGCUGGUCAGCUCAGGCAUCCUGACCAUUGACCCCUCCUCAGUUGGGGCCACUCUUUGUACCAGCUCUAGCACUGCCAUGGCCAAGACUGUGGAACCUCUUAUUUUAACAGCCAGUGCUGACAUGGCCCCCCACCAUAGUCUGGAGGGAACAGUUUGCGAUGUCCUGCCCCCACAGGGCACCCUAAACCUAGAUGAUGUGCAGACGGUUACCCCAGAGGCCCUGGGAACCCUCACAGCUCUCACCAUGCAGGGUGCUGGAUCCUCUUUGGACCCCACUCUGCACCACCCACUCAGCUCCUCCAGUGCCCUGAGCGUGGAGGCCACAGCUGCCCUGGCCGUGGCUCCUGUGGCAGAGCUGCUGACCUCACCCUCUACGGUGGUUGAGGUUGGUGGUCAGGGGGGAGCGGGACCACUGCUGGGCUGUGUGGAGGUGUUGGGGCCUCCAGAAGGAGGAAAAGUCCUCACCCAGUUUGUUUUCCCUACUCACAGCAGCAACUUCAGCCCUCAGAAAGACCCAGAACUCAACGCUGUGUCACCAAGCAGCUUCCUUGAGAGUGGAGGUUCAGCCAGGACUGACUACAGAGCCAUCCAGCUGGCCAAGAAGAAGAAGAAACAAAGAGGCCCAUCAGCCUCCUCUGGCACUUCAGGAUUGUGUCAAAGAAAAACCAAAGGAGCAAAGGCAGCUAUUGCUCCUGGAUCCCUGGCUCCCUCUGGUGCUCGUUACGGUGAGGGAGCUGCAGCAGCCAAUGGGGGCCUGACUCUGCGAGACCCGGUCACAGGGGCUCAGUAUGUCCAGAUUCAGCUGCUGCAGGAUGACCCAGCCAGUGAUGGAGAUCUGGCCUUUCAGCUAAGCUCUCAGCCCUCCAGCUCCCACUCUCAGCUCACUGUCGACCUGCCUGUCAACAUUUUACAGGAACCUUCAGUGAUGGCCGAGGAUGACAACGGCUCCGACAACUCCCAGUUCACAGGAAGCACAAUCAACCUGCAGGACCUGGAGUGAGCAGUAGAGCUGCCGGUCAGAGUUCUCUCUGGCUCCUCAUCACUGUCCACAGUUUACGUCAACACACCUGAGAUAUUUGUCUCCAUCAAACAGUUGGCCCUAGUUUUGCCAGGACUUUAAAAGCCUUUUUGGACAUGGUCGAUAUGGUUGAGGGAGGGGGUGGACAUGAUGUCACAGAUAAUGCACCUUGAGAAGAGAAUUUGAGGACUCUUUGUUCAGAAGUUUAUUAUUAUAGUGUUUGUAUAAGUCCAGUUUUGUACCAAAAUCGGGCCUGAGAGCACUGACAUGUCAGUGGCUCCUACUGCUCUGUCCUGUGGUCGUUCGCAGCAUCGGUGUCUAUUCCAUGGUGCCACAUUGCCACUCAUGCACACUCAGUGUGCCGUCUACGCUCCAGUUGCCUUACAGACGCCUCACGCCGUGCACACCUCCACCGGAAGGUUACCUGCUUUAUUUGGUGCCAUUUCAAUCUCUCAAGUUUUGUUAGAUUUAUUUUUCUAUGUUGGUAGUAGGUUCAUGUUGAAAACAUGCCUGAUCAUGUGUCUAUUUACAUAAUAUAAUAAGUUGCUACCUUUCUGUAAUAAUCUCAUCUGUUUGUUUAUUUAUUAUUUAGCUGUGGGUUUACAGAAUGGCUGAGCCAAACACAGAUGGAUUAAACAAUUAAAGCACAA